GGCUCGGCGAGGCCUCCGCCUCCUCCCGCAAGGCCCAGCCCGGAUGCGCGCCUUCCCUUGCCUGGACCGAGGGUCACCAUGGGCAGUAAGAUGGCGGCCGCCACUAGGGUCGCUCAGGUAGUAAAGCCACAUACACCCUUGAUUAAGUUUCCAGACAGAACAAAUAUUCCCAAACCUAGAAUGCAGGAAUCUUUCGAAUCAAGAGUGCCUCCACUCCAUGCUUCAGCCUCACAAAAGUCUAUAGGUCAGCCGCCGUCUUAUCAAAAUAUUUCAUCCAUUAGUAGAAUACAAGGCACGCCAGACACUUCAGAACUAUUACGAACAUUUCCUAUGAAGUAUCGGAGGAAACCUAUGUCAGUUGAAGAGAUGGAAUACAUCCAACGUGGAGGUCCGGAAUAACACAGAAGACCAGACUGUUAGCUAAUGCUGAACAGCCAAUUGUUCUAUUCACAAUAAAGGCCUUCAUACUUCUUUGGAUGUUAUAAAUGUCUGUAAACAAACAGCUUUGUUAAAGGCCUUUUUUAUGAGGAAUGAAAAGGUAUAAAUGCCUGAAACAGUGUAUAUAUCCCAAAUAAGAAGACAAUUCUGGCUAAGUAUAUUUCCACUUUAUUACCACCACACUAUUAAAAUUUAUUUUAUUAAUA